AUUAAAGGAAGUAUAACAGAAUAACUUUCGGAUUACUAAAAGGUUUUGGUUUAAUUUUGUGCAUUAUUAUUAUUAUUAUUAAAGCAAAAUUAAGAAAGAAUAAAAAACAAAGAAUUGAUAAACUAAAAAAAAAAGUGAUAGUGCUGCAACAAAGAUAGAUAAAUAAAGAGAUGAAAGUAUUUUCUUUUACAAAUACCAAAACUAAAACAUUUGUUAUUUUAUACGAGAGCGUUGCACCCACGGAAAAAAGAAAUUGGAAAAUAGCAAAGUGUUUGUGUCUGUGAGGGUUGUAAAUUUCACCAGUUAUAAUGAAAAUUGGAAAUUAGCAAAGAGAUCACUCUAUCUCUACGACAAUAAACCUGAAAGCUUUGGCGGGUUCAGGGUUUACCUAAAUCCACAAAUCCAAAGUCCCAAAAAUUAUUAAAAUUGCGAAAAAUGGCGGGUUCUUUUCAGGAGGCAGAAGAGGCCGAUUGCAGAGGUCGGUCAGAGGAGUCACUAGAUGAACAUCCUGAAGACCCUGACCUUCGUUUUAAGCUGGGAGUCUUAUUGUGGGAGAAAGGGGGUGAAUCCAAAGAGAAGGCAGCGGAGCAUUUUGUAAUAUCGGCCAAAUUAAACCCUCAAAAUGCAGCUGCUUUCAGAUAUUUGGGACAUUAUUAUUACUCAGGUGGUGAUUCACAGAGGGCUCUCAAGUGUUACCAGAGAGCCAUCUCUCUCAAUCCCGAUGAUUCGGAGUGUGGAGAUUCCCUUUGUGAACUGUUAGAGGAAUCGGGAAAGGAGACACUGGAGGUGGCAGUGUGCAGGGAAGCCUCAGAAAAGUCUCCAAGGGCAUUUUGGGCUUUCAGGAGAUUGGGAUACCUCCACCUUCAUCACACCAGAUGGUCUGAUGCUGUUCAGAGUCUUCAACAUGCCAUUAGAGGUUAUCCCACCUCUCCCGAUUUGUGGGAAGCUCUGGGUCUUGCCUACCAGCGACUUGGCAUGUUUACUGCUGCUACUAAGUCCUAUGGAAGAGCCAUUGAGUUGGAGGAUACAAGAGUUUUUGCUCUGGUUGAAAGUGGAAAUAUCUAUUUGAUGCUUGGUUCCUUCAGAAAGGGAAUUGAGCAGUUUCAGCGAGCUUUGGAGAUCUCACCUCAAAACGUGUCUGCAAACUAUGGGCUAGCUUCCGGACUCCUCAGUUUGUCAAAGGAAUGUAUGAAUUUGGGUGCAUUCAAAUGGGGAUCGUCAUUGUUAGAGGAUGCUGCAAAAGUUGCUGAUGCAACUGCCCAAUUGGCUGCAAAUAUUUCAUGUAUCUGGAAGUUGCAUGGGGACAUUCAACUCACCCAUGCAAAAUGUUUUCCCUGGAUGGAAGGGGAUAACAGUGCAAAAUUUGAUAUGGAAUCUUUUGACGCUUCCAUCUUGUCCUGGAAGCAAACUUGCAAUGUGGCUACAAAAUCUGCCAGAAGGUCUUAUCAACGGGCUUUGCAUUUGGCCCCAUGGCAAGCUAAUCUUUAUAUUGACAUUGCAAUAACUUUGGAUCUCAUUUCUUCUAUGACUGAGAAUUAUGGGCACAAUAACUAUCCUUGGCAGCUAUCAGAGAAGAUGGCUUUGGGGGCCUUGUUACUUGAGGGUGACAACUAUGAGUUCUGGGUGGCACUAGGGUGUUUAUCUUGUCAUAAUGCAAUGAAACAACAUGCACUCAUCAGGGGUUUGCAAUUGGAUGGAUCCUCAGUUGUUGCCUGGGCAUAUCUUGGCAAGCUUUAUAGAGAAGAAGGUGAAAAUAAAUUGGCAAGACAAGCAUUUGAUUGUGCCAGAAGUAUGGAUCCUUCACUUGCAUUACCAUGGGCAGGGAUGGCAGCUGAUACUCAUACUAGGGAGCCUGCAACAGAUGAGGCUUUCGAGAGCUGUUUAAGAGCUGUGCAGAUAUUGCCUCUUGCAGAGUUCCAAAUUGGUCUUGCUAAGCUUGCUUUGCUUUCAGGGAACCUUGCAUCUUCACAGGUUUUUGGAGCCAUCCAGCAGGCAGUCCUGCGUGCCCCUCACUAUCCUGAAUCUCAUAAUUUGAAAGGGCUAGUUUGCGAGGCACGAUCUGAUUAUCAAGCAGCUGUUGUUUCAUAUAGGUUUGCACGCUGUGCAAUCAACAUUUCAUCAGGCAAUGCUUCAAAAUCUCAUUUUCGAGAUAUAGCAGUUAACUUGGCCCGAUCUCUUUGUAUGGCUGGGUAUGCUGCAGAUGCUGUUAAAGAAUGUGAAAAUCUGAAGACAGAAGGUAUGCUUGACACGGAAGGUCUGCAGAUAUACGCUUUUUGUCUAUGGCAACUUGGUAAGAGUGACCUUGCCCUCUCUGUGGCGAGUAUUCUGGCUGCCAGUGUUCCUACAAUGGACCAAACAUUUGCAGCUGCUUCUCUUAGUUUUUUCUGCAGAUUGCUUUAUUACAUUUCUGGACUAGAUUCAACAAUUGCUAGAAUUUCAAAAAUCCCAAAAGAACUGUUCCAGAGCUCAAAAGUCAGCUUUAUACUGUCUGCUAUGCAUGCUCUUGAUCACAGUAAUCGGCUUGAGUCAGCUGUUUCAAGCAGUCGUUGCUCUAUUGUUUCACAUGAAGAUAUCACUGGAAUGCACUAUUUAAUAGCACUUGGUAAAUUGAUCAAAGAUGGAUCAGAAUCUUGCCUUGGAUUUCAGAGUGGAAUUAAUCACCUUAAGAAAUCACUCCAUAAGUACCCCAACAGUAAAUUGAUGAGGAAUCUACUUGGUCAUCUUUUACUAUCCAGUGAGGAGUGGAAACAGACUCAUGUAGCAAGUAGGUGCUGCAUGAUAGAUAGUCCUUGUAAUGCCAAUAAAGUAGGUUUAAAGUCAGGAUGUGAGAUCCUUGGUGCUGGAUCAGUUGCUUGCUAUGCAAUUGGCAAUAAAGAUCCAAAGUAUUCUUUCCCCACAUGUGGUUAUCAGUGCCAGAAUGGGCCUGAAAUCAUUCAAGAACUGCAAAAAUACUUGCAUCACGAACCAUGGAACCAUAAUGCACGAUAUUUGCUUAUACUUAAUAUCAUGCAAAGGGCGCGCGAAGAGAGAUUUCCUCAGCAACUUUGUGUAAUUCUCAGGCGACUGAUUAAUGUGGCACUUUCCAAUGAGCUAUACUCCAGAGAUAGCUUGUCAUAUAGAUGUCAGAAGUUUCAGCUUCUGCUGUGUCAUUCUGAAAUUAGUUUGCAAGGAGGGAACCAAGUAGGCUGUAUCAAGCUUGCUAAAAGUGCCGUGUCACUUUUGCUCCCUAAUAACUAUCUUUUCUUUGGGCAUUUGCUGCUAUGUCGAAUAUAUGCCAGUGGAGGUAAUUAUGCAAACCUUCAGGAAGAGUAUGUAAGAUGCCUGGAGCUCAGGACGGAUUAUUAUAUAGGAUGGAUAUGUCUUAAAAUCAUGGAAUCCCAAUAUGAUAUUCAAAUUGACUCAAAUAUCUCAGAGCUGAGUUUUGAGGAAUGUUCAAAAGAAUGGAAGUGUUCUUGGAAUAUGUGGUUGGCUGUAUUUAAUUUGGUUUUCGGUUUAGUAUCUUCAUGGAAUCAGGAGUUUUUAUCCGCUGUAGAAUCUUUUGCACAAGCGUGUUCAUUGGCUGGUGCUGAUAGCUGUCUUUUUCUCUGCCAUGGUGCUACAUGCAUGGAGCUUGCCAGAGAGUCGCGCAGUUCCCACUUCUUGUCACUAGCUGUAAGGAGUUUCACCAGAGCUCAUGCAAAUUCUGCUAUCCCCUUGCCUAUUGUAUCCCUAUUGCUUGCACAAGCAGAAGGGAGUCUAGGUUAUAAGCAGAAAUGGCAGAAGAACCUCCGGUUUGAAUGGUAUUCUUGGCCACCAGAAAUGAGGCCUGCAGAACUCUUUUUUCAAAUGCAUUUGCUUGCAAGGCAAUCAGAAGCUGGAUUUGACUCUUCGUCCAAUUUGGAAUUGUGCCAGAGUCCACAAAAAUGGGUUCUUCGAGCAAUACACACAAAUCCUUCUUGUUUGAGAUAUUGGAAGGUUUUACGUAAGCUAAUGGAGUGAGUUGUGGAUGAUGAGUUCAUACUUCAGAGUUGGUGAAGAUGAGUAAAUUUUUCGAAGAUCUUGUGUCAGGUGGUGUGGGCAAAUGCGCCAAAGAGGGAUGUAGCUGCGGUCUUGUGUGUUGUCAGCUGUGAUUGCAAGAUUGAGACACUGCAGCUGUCCAAGCUAGUGGAGGAAUCACGUUGUGCCAUGCAGAUCAAUGGCCAUGGAUGGUACAGUUGCAAGAAACACAAAUCACGGUGUACUCGGCAAUGGACAGGGUAACUCCACUGAACCCAGAGCCAUGUGCCUGCUGUGUAAAUUAAAUCAUUGAAAUUUACUGUAGCAUGUUGCUUGUUCUAAGUAGCAUCUAAGUAGCAUUUUAGUCGUGAGUGAGAAAGCCAUGCAUGUAUUGAGAACCAAAAGAAUGGGUUACUAAAUUUGAGUGGACUUGGGAAGUAUCUGAUGAGAA